AUGAACAGACACACCAAAAAGGGCCCCUGGACCUCGGGCGAGGAUCAGGCCCUGCUGUCGCUGGUGCGACAGCUGGGCCCUCAGAAUUGGGUUCGCAUAGCGGCAGCGCUGAAAUACAGAUCGCCCAAACAGUGUCGGGAGCGGUACCACCAGAAUCUCAAGCCCUCGCUCAACAAACAGCCCAUUUCCGAGGCCGAAGGCGCUCUGAUCGAAGAUCUGGUCGCACGACUGGGCAAAAAAUGGGCAGAAAUCGCCCGUGUGCUCAAUAACGGACGCAGCGACAACGCGGUGAAAAACUGGUGGAACGGCGGUGCCAACAAGCGUCUGCGUGCCCGGGGAACGCCGGGGACGCCGGGGACGCCGGGGACGCAGGCAUUGCAAGCAUCGACCGUGGUCACGUGGCCAGCAGGUUCUGGCGCCGUCUUACCUCCGCCCGCGUCCGCGUCCGCGUCCUUGUCGUCGUCGCAGUCGUCGCAGUCGCCACAACCGUCGCAAUCGCCCAAACUACGGCCGGUCCUGCCCCCCACAGCGCCCUUCCCUUCUGUGACCUGCUACGUCCAGCAACCCGUCUACAUCGGGGCCCCCGCGGCCCCCGCGGCUUCCAAUAGACACCAACACCAACACCAACCCCAACCCAACUAUGACCGUUUUAGUGGGCCUUCCCCGUCUCUUUCCAAUAACCUCGUCGAGUACCAUCGUUCACAAUCAUACCCGACGCCGCCAGCAUUCCCAUCGCAUUCCAAGAACGAUACCGAGCUCCCUUCGCUAAGCCCCACCGUUAUGGCCCAGUCAAGACACCCGAUGCUCAAGAAAGAUGUGUUCCCAUUGAGUGUGGACCGCUCUAGGUUUCAGUCGUUAACCCCGGGUCUCACCAGUCGCAAGCCAGAAGGGCUUGGCACGUCUGCAGAUGGUUCCAGACGGUACUCCUCGUCGAUUUUCGACAGCACUCCCAGCAUCCACCAUCAAAAUCCUGGCCGGCGCACAAUUCAAGAUCAAUCUUCUAUUCAUUCCAUCCAUACCACUGGAGUCAACUCUUUCAGCAGCAACACCAGCCCCUCAACUCCAUCAAGUGCAUACAGGUUUCAAAUUCCUUCGGGUUCGGGAGAUUCUCGCCUGCCAAACGAUACUGAUUUGUUUCGGUCAAACUUCAGGUUCAGCGACCGUCAUGCGAUCCAAAAUUUGUACCAGCCCUCUGAACCCGCGUCUCCAAAGAUCGCGGUUAGAGAGCAACGAAGUGAGCUGCCGGCAAUAGCCACAUCAAAAUAUUACGAGAGAUCCCAGUCUCGAGUCACACUUGGCGAUAUUCUCAACAAGUCCGAGAGCGGUCCCCAAUGA